GUAAUAGAGUCUCCAUUAAUUUCAAUUCUCCUCAUCCUGUGUUCUGGUUGACCGUUUCACUCUCACCGUCCAUCCGUUGCAACCCUAACGUCCACAAAUUUCUGACUCUCUCUCUCUCUCUCUCUCUCUCUCCCCACAGUCUUCACUCUCCCACCCAUUCCCUCACACUAACAUGAGCCGAGCGUGCUCUGCGCACCUCUGGCCAUGACUCCCAAACCCCGCCGCCUCUCCACCUGCCACCGCCACCCGUCCGAACCGGUCACCGGCUUCUGCGCCUUGUGCCUCCGCGACCGCCUCUCCGGCCUCGACACUCCUUCCCCCUCCUCCGCUGCCAAUGCCGCCUCCACUUCCUUCCAGCCGGAGCUCCGCCGCUGCAAAUCCCACGCCGCCGGCAAACGCGGAGGAGCAGCCUCUUCAACCUCCCUAGAGCCCCGGCGGAAGUCCUGCGACGAUAGAGUCCGCAAGGAGAACUCACUCUGGCACCUCUUCAGCCUCGACGACAAAGAGAACGGCGUCGACAGAGGCCCCGACGUCGAAUCCAAGAACCUAGGGCUUUCCGCAGCCUCAGAUUCAGUAACUGAACCUGCACAGAAUAUUAACAUUGGGGUUUCUGAAGAUCCGUUGGGAGAAAACGGUAACGGUAAUGAGGACAAAGGCGAGGAAGCUACGGAAGAAGAAACGAAGACCAUGAAAGAGCACAUCGAACACGAAUGGCAGAGCGGUAAGCACAAUAGAAAGGAUUUAAAGGACAUAAUAGCUGGUAAUUUCCUCGUCGCCGCCUCCGUUUUCGGCAAGAAGUUACGCAACUGGAGGGUAAAACAGACAACAAAGAAGCAAACUUGUGAUUUGUUGCCUGGUCAGAAGGUAAAUGCCUGGAAAAGGCAAGAGAAGCGGUCAGAAGCUACAGAUUACGCGUGCAGACGGAGAUCUUGCGAUGCCGAGCCUAGGUUUUCAAUGGAUGCUAACGGGAUAAGUUUGGAUGAUCAUCCGAGGUUUUCCUUGGACGAGCCUAGGGCUUCUUGGGACGGGUAUAUGAUUGCGAGGACGAUCCCGCGGCUCGCUCCUAUGCUGUCUGUUAUUGAGAAUGCCAUUGUGAAUGAGAAUGAGACGACUUCGGGUGGGUCGGCUCAGACCCGGGAUUACUGCUCUGAUUCGUCAUCUUCGCUUCGUAGGGAUAACAGUUUUGAUUGUUCUAGCUCUGGGAAGAGUUCGUCUAAGAAGACGGUGGCGUUGGAGGUUGAUGAGAUGAGAUCGAUUAAGUUUGUUGUUUCGGAUGGAGAUGGUAGAGGCGAUGAGCGUAGGGAGGGGUUUGAAUCUGGUUGUAAGAGUGGAGAUUCUGUUGGGGGUUGUGGUGACCCAAAUGGGUUUAAGAAAUCGGGGAAGUGGCGAAAGGGGUGGAGCAUUUUGGGGUUUAUGCAUAGGCGGCAAGAGGAGAAAUGUGGUGAAGUUGAAGGAGAUGGUAACGGGCGAAUGGUGGGAGAUUGUGGGGAAAAGCAGAAUGGGGAGGCUAAUGGAGUUGUGAUCAAUGGGGAUUCUACUCGGGGUGAGGCUGAUGGGGAUUCUAAUCGGGAUGAGGCCAAUGGAGCAAUGGUCAAUGGGGAUUCUAACGGGAGGCUUGUUCGGAGUGGCAGUGUUAGCUAUAGGAGUUCGCACACAGCUAUCGGUUCAUACCAUCACCAUCGUUCGUUGAGUGUUGCCGAGACUAGAGACUAUGGUAAAAAGAGUAGAGAAGAUUCUGGUGUGGAGCGAAACCGGAAUGCCACGAUGUAUUCUCCAAGCAACUUGGAGAAUGGGUUGUUGCGGUUUCAUUUGACACCGUCAUGGAGUCAUAGGAAGAAAUCUGGAAGAAGCAGGUUAAGGAACUCAGAUUCUAUUAGUACAAGGAGUAUGUUUCGGUUGGACUGAUACAGAGGUACACUUGAUGUUCAGUGGAGUAUAAUCUUUGUAAAGAAAUAUGUAUGUGUUUCUUCAUGUAUGCACAAAGGCACAAAAUUGUUGUUACUUUGUCUGCCUUUAAGAUGCUUUUGAGUUGUGUAAUAAUGUUAAGUUUUAGGCUUUCCUAACAAGUGUUGUUGAGACAAUGUAAACUUUCAUGGUAGUGCAGUUUAUGUAUAUUCAUAGAAGAAACCAUGACAACAUGUAAUCGUUCUUUUCUCAUCUUAACACUUUCAAUGAUUUAGUUAUUUGGUCGCCGUGGCUUCAA